UAAGUUUGAGCUCAGUGUUAGCUGAGCUGACGGGCAAUAACGAUCGAAGUGCUUGGUGUUCGUGAUAAAGACGUGAAAAUCGAUUGAACAAAAAGUCAAUUCCAAGUAUAUAUACACACUUGGAAAGAUUGGCAAAAUGAUAAAUUCCGAUACUGAAACAUCGAGUCAUAAAGUUGUGAUAUCAGGAAUUUCCGGACGAUUUCCAAAUGCUGAUAAUGUGUCCGAACUCGAAGAAAAAUUACUAAACAAAGUUGAUUGUACCGCCGAAAAACACGGUCGAUGGAAUAUAGAUAAUCCAAAAGUUCCGCAGCGAAUCGGAAAAUGCAACAAUAUUCAAAAAUUUGAUCGCGUAUUCUUUGGACUUCAUGCUAAAUUGACCAACAGUACCGAUCCUCUUUCAAGAGUGUUGUUGGAGCACAGUUUUGAAGCUAUCCUUGAUGCUGGUAUUAAUCCACGUACUUUAAAAGGCAAAAAUGUAGCCGUUUUUGUAGCGACAAGUGGAACGGAAUCAUUAAAAGCAUUUUUUUGUCCAAAAAUAAAGGUUGACGGAUUCGGUAUCAUGGGUUCUAGCAAGGCAAUGACUGCCAAUCGCAUUUCAUUCUUUUUGGGUUUGACCGGACCAAGUGUUCACGUAGAUAGCGGAUGCACGGGCUCUGCUACUGCUUUGGAGCUUGCGUAUCACGAAAUAAAAACAGGUCGUUGCGAAUCAGCUAUCGUGGCAGGUGCCAUGCUCAACCUUUACCCACAUUUGUCACACCAGCUGAAUGCCUUAGGUGUUUUAUCUGCGGAUGGGCAAACUCGUUCUUUCGACAAUGCUGCCAAUGGUUACGCUCGCAGUGAUUCGGUAGCAGUGUUAUUUUUGCAGCGUGACACCGACGCUAACCGCAUUUACAUGGAGGUCCUGAAUGCUAGAACCACCCAUGCGGAUGGUCCCGAUAAACCGUGCAUGAUGUAUCCAAGUGCGGAGUCUCAGAUCACUCUAAUGAAGCAAAUGCUUAACGAAUGUAAACUGUUGCCGGAUGACAUCUCUUUCUUGGAAGCUAGUGGCGUUGCAAUUAAAACCGUAGAUGCUAAUGAAUUGGAGGCCAUUAAUCAAGUGUAUGGCGAUCGAGAAAAACCUUUGCCCGUUGGUGCAGUCAAGUCGAAUUUGGGAAAUGCAGUUGCCGUCAAUACUAUAAAUUCUAUAAUUAAGGUAAUCAUAGCAUCAGAAAGUGGAAAAGUUCCACCGACUAUAAAUCAUCGAAAACUGAAUUCAAAGGCUAUUUUUUCAAAAGAAUGUAAGCUUUACAUUCCUAUGGAAGUGUUCCCUUGGACUGGUAAAUAUUCAUCGAUAAAUACAACUUCAUACUGUGGAGUUUUCGCAAAUAUUCUUCUAAAAGUGCCUGAUCUUAAAAAUAACCAUCAAGUAGAUAAUAGUGAUAACUUGCCUAGACUUGUUACAGUUUCUGGACGUACUGAAGAAGCUGUUUUAACAAUUUUAGAUUAUGUUCAAAACAACUCUGCAAAUCAUGACUUUAUUCAAUUAAUCUACAAUAUAUUUGAAUCUAAUGUCAAUAACCAUUUAUUUCGUGGCUAUACCGUAACUUCUGACAAAAAUACGCCUUCUUCUUCGAAGCACAAAAUCAUGUUUGAUUCUGGCAAAAAGAGAGAUGUGUGGUGGAUAUUUUCUGGGAUGGGAUCACAAUGGGUGACUAUGGGUAAAGAAUUAUUGAAACUAUCAGUUUUCGAGGAAGCUAUAAAAAAGUGCGAUGCGGUUUUAAAACCAAAAGGUUAUGAUAUUUUUAAAAUUAUAACUGAUAACGAUCCCGAGAUGUUUUCCAAUGUUAUACACUCUUUUAUUGGAAUUGCCACUAUUCAAGUUGGUUUAGUAGACGUCCUGAAGUCAGUUGGUCUCAACCCAGACUAUUUGAUUGGUCAUUCCGUAGGUGAACUUGGAUGUGCAUAUGCAGAUGGUUGUUUCACCGCUGAACAAAUGGUCUUGGCUGCUUUAUCCCGUGGUUUAGCUUCAGUUGAGACAGAAUUAAUUCAUGGAUCGAUGGCCGCGGUUGGUCUAGGAUACGAAGACGUUGCUCCUCUUUGCCCAUCUGACAUCGACGUUGCUUGUCAUAAUAGCGCUAUUAGUGCUACCAUUAGUGGGCCAGCAGAAUCAAUGAAAAAAUUUGUUGGCGAUUUGAAAGGCAAAAGUAUAUUUGCCAAAGAAGUGCCGUGCAGUAAUAUCGCUUACCACAGUCGUUACAUAGCUAAUGCUGCUCCAAAACUUCUCGAAUAUUUAAAACAAGUCAUCCCAGAUCCUAAAGUCCGUAGUUCAAAGUGGCUAAGUACUUCAGUGCCUAUGGAUCAGUGGACUACUGAUAGCGCACGGUUUUGUUCUGCUGAGUAUCAUACAAAUAACCUUUUGAAUCCAGUAUUAUUUGAAGAAAUAUUGCGAAAAAUUCCAGAAAAUGCGAUUUGCGUAGAAAUUUCACCUCAUGGGUUACUGCAACCUAUUCUAAAAAAAUCUUUGCUUGAUAGUUGUAUAAAUAUUGCACUUACGAAAAGAUUUCACCCAAACAAUUUAGAGCAUUUAUUAGAAGCUCUAGGUGAAAUGUACAAUGCUGGUCUACAGCCAAAAAUAUCUCAACUUUAUCCGCCUGCUCAAUUUCCAGUCCGUAGAGGAACGCCUUCAAUAUCUUCUCUUAUACGAUGGGACCACAGUGAAGACAGGUUCUUGCAUAAGUAUGAACAUAUUACAGAAAUAACGGAAAGUGAAAGAACAUAUGAAAUACAUAUUAACGAAGAAGAAAAUGAAUAUCUUCAAGGAUAUGUAAUAAAUGGGAAGUUUUUCAUUCCCAUGGCAUUAUAUUUAACUAAAGCGUGGGAAAUUUGGAAAUCCUUCAAGACGAAUAAUUUUUCUAGUGUGAUAUUUGAGGAUAUAAAAAUUUAUAAACAAUUAAUUAACCUUCCAGAGAAUCACAUAGUAAAUUUUUCAGUUACAGUAUUUAAAGGUACCAGUAAAUUUGAAGUAACUGAAUCUGAAAUUAUUAUAUCAUCAGGUGUAAUAAAAGGGACAAAGUCACCCGAUAUAGAGCGUAUUAUAUCCUAUCAAUUGGGUAUCGAUAAACAGAAGUGUGAAUUUAACCAAGAGGACUUUUACAUGGAAAUGCAAAUUCGUGGAUAUCAAUAUUCCGAAAAAUUCAGAAAUGUUUUAAGAGCUUCAAUCGAUGGCUCUCUAGGGGUGGUCAAGUGGGAAGAUAAUUGGACGACAUUUAUUGAUGGGGUUUUACAGUUGUAUGCCUUUGGAAAUUACACUCGCAAUGUAGAAGCGCCUAUAUUGAUAAGAAAAAUAGUUUUUGAUUUUAAUAAACAUGAAACAAUGAUGAAAAAAUCAAAAGAGGUGUGGAUUGUCAUAGAUAGGAGUAUCGCUUGCUUGUCAACAGGAGGUUUAGAAAUACAAGGACUACAGCUGGAAGCAUUACCCAAAAAUUUGAAACAUAAAGUUUUGACCAGUGAUAAUAUGAAAAUUAUUCCCAAUUUUUGUAAAUUUAAUUCCUCUGCUGCUUGCAGUUUGCGUUCAAUAUUACAAUUAGUUCUCGAAAACACAUUCUCAACGAAAAUGCCAAUGCUUAAUUUUGCUGUAAAUAACGACUCAAUCAACAUUGGUGGUUUAAGAGAAAUUAUAAUGAAUGAUAUUCCUGAAUCAGAAUUAUUCGAGGUUGACGUUAUUUCAUACAAAGCGUCAGAAUUCAACGCAACUCUAACAAUCUUAUUGGAAGAUUUCAGAAACUAUAAUCCAGAAGAAAUAAUGAAAAAAUUAGGAAAACUAGAUUUUAUGGCGACAUUUAUUAGUGAGGAUAAAGCAAUUGCUUGUAUUGACUUAGCGGAAUCAGUUGGACUUGCGCCUGUUUUAACGAGAAAAUCAGAGGAUAGAAGUUUUAUUCUGUUUCGUAGAAAACAAAACUUAGGACCAAUCAAAUUUUUGUACAUUUCAAAAAAUAAUAUAGAAACAAUACUAAAUAGUUUGAAGUUCAUGAAGUUUUCAUCAUCGAGUGAAAGAUUAUUAAUCAUAAUAAAAUUACAGGAUGUUACUAACUUAACAGAAUUAGUAACUUUGAUUAAACGUCAUAUUUCGUUAAAUUGCGUUCGUAUUUAUUGUAUAGAAGAUAUUUUUUCAUUCGAAGAUAAAUGUAAAAAUAAUUCAUUCUAUGAAAAGCAAAUAGAACUAGAUUUAUUUACCAACAUUUUGACAACAGAAAAUGUUUGGGCAACUUUACGACCCACAGCAGUUGUACAAAAAUUGAGAAUGGUUAAUAAUUGGACAGCAAAUCGAUGUAAUAAUGUUAUAACGUGGACGGAAGGACCAAUAAUAAAAAAUAAUGAUAGUGUUAUCAGAGUCGAAUAUUCAACGUUGAACUACGAGGAUACGCUUAUCGCUAAUGAAAAAUUUUACUCAAGUACUUCUGAAACUGAGGGGACGACCAGAAUGCUGGAAAUGCGUUUGGGAAUAGAAUUUGCAGGUACGGACUCUAAGGGAAAUAGAGUUAUGGGCAUAACGUAUGGUAAUUCCAUGUCUAAUUCAGUCAUUGCUGACCCUGCAUUUACCUGGACAAUUCCAGACUAUUGGAGCUUUGAAGAAGCAGUUACUAUUCCAUUUUCUUACAUCAUAGCAUACGCAGUUUUAAAAAUGAAAGCUGAUGUAAAGAAAGGCGAAAAAAUAUUCAUUGAUAAUCCCUGUAACGGAUUUGGACUAGCAAUUAUACAUUUAGCCUUACAGCAAAGUUGCGAAAUUUUUUUAACGUAUAAAACACAAAGUGAAAAAGAAUUAUUACAAUCAACAUAUCCAAAAAUAUCUCCAGAUCAUUUUUUUAACUCAUCGAUUAAUAAUCUGAGGGAUGAUAUAUUCUCAAAGACAAAAGGACUGGGAAUGGAUGUUGUUAUUUGUAAUACUAGUUCUGUUAAUAUGUUACGAGUACUUUUAACCCUUAUAUCACGAACUCAAUCUCGUGUUAUUAUGAUAAGUGAUUUGUCUGACAAUGAAAUACACGAGCACAUAGGAAUGCAUGCCUUUUUAUCAUCAGUUAAGUUUAGUACUAUUGUGCCUAAAAGAUUAAUAUCUUCAAGUUUGAAUAUAAAGAUAGCAUUAGCAACGAUGCUACAGCAAGGCAUAUGUGAAGGUUUUGUACAGCCGUUAACAAAAAUUUCUUACGAUAGGAGUUCUUUGACCGAUGCCUAUAAUAUUUGUCUCAAAGGAAAUUAUAUAGGGAAGAUUGUUGUUAAAGUUCAGCCAGAAAAGUCAGAUCAGAAUUUAGCUCUAGCGAUGCCACGAUUUUAUUGUAUGGAAGAAAAAACUUACCUCAUUAUCGAAGGCUUUACUCCUUUUGGUUUAGAAUUGAUUGAUUGGUUGAUUGCUAGAGGUGCUAAACAAUUAAUUAUCGCCUCCACAUUUAAUCGUCAAAUCAGUUAUGUGAAGCGAAGACUAAACUGUUGGCGCGAGAAUGGAGUGCAAAUAAUUCUCAGAGAUGAGUUAAGCUUAUCACAAAGAAAUAUAAAGAAUUUACUUGAAGUUGCCUUAACUUUAGGGCCUAUCGAUGCUAUUUUUGACUUGCAACGUAUUCAAUCGUCGUUAAAAAUUAAUGAAAUUGAUUUUGCAACGAAAAUUCUAGAUGAAGAGUCCAGACGAAUAUGCUGCGAACUUAGAUUAUUUCUGGUUUGCUCCGUAGAUAUUGGCACAGACAUGUCAAUAUCGAUAAAUAAAUUAGAAAAUGCUUGCAAUACCCAAACGUUACAUAAUUCAGUCGAAGAACUAUUGAAAAAAAGAAGAAUAGACAGUUUACACGGAUUGCAUGUUAAAUUCCAAUGCCUUAGUACGCAAAAAGAUUGCAGUGAUUUAAGUGUAAAAAGUAUAAAUUUAUGUUUAAUAAAAAACUGUUUGAAAAAGUUCGAUGAUAUUUUAGGAGUCGAAGAUAUUGUUGUGGAAACCAAACGCAUUCUUCCAUAUCAUGAUAUGGUAACUGCAAAUCACAGUCAAACUGCACCUGAGGCGAAACAAGAGGAAUCUGCAAUUUUUGCAAAAAGCCUCUAUCAAAAACCCAGCACAUGGAUUGAUGGCAUUUCUCUUUUAUAAUUGGAAGUCUCACUUCGAAAGAGUUAUUAGGGUAGUCCACUAGCUUUGGCCGUCGAUUAUUGUUUUGUUAAGUAUAAACUAGUUUAACUCUGUGUAGCUGGCUAUAUGUAUAAGAAAGAAACUAUAGAACACAAUGCUAUAAAUAAAAAAUAAAGUGGA